CAAAAGCAACUACUGGUGGGCCCAGCAUCUCAGUGUAAUGGUCACUAGUGGGUGCGUCGACAAAAUCGAGAAAUCUAUUUCUCGCUCUCCCAGAUCUCGCCGGCGAUGUUGGGGAUCUCAACCUCGCCGUCGCGCCUCCUAAUUCCUCUUCCUCAACCAGCGAAUUGGAGAAAUUUAACAAGGCGGGGAGUCGUAAAGAUGUCGGUGGUGGGGGCCACGAGGCCGAUCACGUCGGUGGAAUCGAUGGUGGUGAAGCCGCCCUCUCACCCGACGUACGAUUUGCAGGCUGUCAUUGCUUUAGCUCUUGCAGAAGACGCCGGCGAUCGAGGUGAUGUGACUUGUUUGGCCACUGUUCCAAUUGAUAUGGAAGUGGAGGCACAUUUUAUAGCAAAGGAGGAUGGGGUCAUUGCUGGAAUUGCUCUUGCAGAGAUGAUUUUUAGUGAAGUAGAUCCUUCAUUGAAGAUUGAGUGGUCAGCAGAGGAUGGGAAUCAUAUUCGUAAAGGCACACAAUUUGGCAGAGUAUAUGGAUGUGCACAUAACAUUGUGGUGGCUGAAAGAGUUGUGCUCAAUUUUAUGCAAAGAAUGAGUGGAAUAGCAACACUUACCAAGGCUAUGGCAGAGGCUGCACAUCCUGCAUGCAUUUUAGAGACGAGAAAGACAGCUCCAGGUCUACGUUUGGUGGACAAGUGGGCGGUACUAAUUGGCGGUGGAAAGAAUCAUAGGAUGGGUUUGUUUGAUAUGGUCAUGAUAAAAGACAAUCAUAUCUCAAUUGCUGGAGGUGUCACAAAUGCUAUCAAAUCAGUAGACCAAUAUUUGGAGGAAAAGGGCCUUCAUAUGGCUGUCGAGGUUGAGACAAGGACGUUAGAAGAAGUGAUGGAAGUCUUGCAAUACGCUAUUCAGAAUAACACUUCUUUGACCAGAAUAAUGUUGGACAAUAUGGUUGUACCUCUGCCCAAUGGGGAUGUGGAUAUUUCCAUGCUAAAGGAAGCAGUUGACUUGAUAAAUGGUAGAUUUGAGACUGAGGCAUCUGGAAAUGUUACUCUUGAAACAGUGAAAAAGAUUGGCAAAGCUGGAGUAACCUACAUAUCCAGUGGGGCAUUGACACAUUCUGUGAAAGCGCUUGAUAUCUCCCUGAAGAUUGAUACUGAACUGGCCCUUCAAGUUGGCAAGCGUACGAAUCGAGCAUAAUAGUGAGCAGCAUCCAUGAUGCAGCUCAAUUUUCAGAUUUUACUGGCCAUCAGAAUCUUAUUAAAAGAGAAACUCAUAGUUACAUACUUUUACAUUAUUAGAGUAUCAAGUAUAGUUUAAUUUAAUUUACUUUAUUUCCCCCCAUAUGUUGUAAUCUAUAAGGUGUCUGCGAGAAAAAUGAAUAUAAGCCCUUUCAGGAAUUUAUAAAUAAUUAUUACAUAUGUAUUAUUAAUGCCACAGGCGCGGAUGAAUGGAUGCCUAAGGGUACUCAUCUGAAAAUAAUUUACAGGAAAUUGGAAAAAUUGAAAGCCGAGAUAUCUGCAUAAGAUAAUCUCUCUUAUUUCUUGCAUGUCAAAAUUCUCUCUUGCAACAGAUAUUCUAAUUAGUCUUGAAACUGUAACUGAUUUUAGUUUUUGACUUCUUUUGUAAAGUAUCGCAUAUUCACAGGUGCAAAAUGAUAAUUAUCUA